GUGAUUAAUUUUUCAGCUGCAAAACAAGUUUUUUUUUGCACUACUCUAAAAUUCUCACCUAUAUCCUUGAGACAUUUUUUAGUUGUGUUUUUCAAUUGAACAUGAAAGCUUAUGAAUGAUGUCUUGCCUUUCAUCCGAUCAAAUUUUGCUGGCAUUAAAGGGCUGUUCUGUACCUUCCAACUGCUUUACUUGCUUUUCUCAUCUGCAUCAUCAACCUUGGAUUCAUCCACCCUGCAAAGCCAGCCAUAAAUUGCCCUCGAGAAAGUAUCAUUAUCCUGUGAAAAAAUUCAAGUAUUAUACUAAAGCCACCAGCACCCACAGUCGCCAGAAGAGACAUGCUGGUCAAGGAGAUCCUAAAAAUCUUGGUGUCAGUGCUACAACAGAGUCCACUCCUUCUGGUGCUGCUCAAGGCCCAUCUACUACUGCACUGUCACCACAGAGCUCAGAAAUUACUUCAAGUGGAAUUUCCAUCUAUGCUGACUCAUUUCUCAAAAAUAAAAAUAAGACCCUGAAGAAAAAGGUAUUCCGCUUGCGCCGUCAACUGGUUGAGUUACAGCAGCAUCACAGCUUGGUUGACCUGGACAAGCUAGAAUCAUUGGCUCGUGAUCACAAAGAUGUCUUGGUCAAGUUUAUCAAGCUUGAAGAAGAGAAGAAAAGGCUGGAGAAGACAAUUGAAUCUAUGAAGGCAAAAGACCAAUUGCAGUCUCAUCCUCAUCACGUUGAAAUCGAGAAAAAUGCUGUGAUUUCAAGUGAUACUAAGUUAAAACAUCUCGCGGAACAGAAUAAUCAGACACAGAGGGGAACAACUUCAGUGCCAUCGGAACGAGCGUCGUCAAAGGUAGACAGCACAGGAGUUCAGUGUAAUUUGCUGGACGUGGAUGAGCUCCGUGCGGUGUGGUCUGACGAGAAAGAAGCAUCUGAGCAGCGUCUGCUGGAGCACUACCAUUGGAAGUUAACCGAAGUUCAACAAAUCUAUGGUGAUGUCGUACAAAAAUACUCUGAGGAGUGCAAGCAACUUAUGAAGAGCCAUGAAGCUGAAAAAUUUUCAUUGAUGGAGCAACUGUCCGCCCUUAGAACAGAGCUUGACGCGGCCACUAGAGUUAUUCCCUCAAGCUUGGAUGGUAGAAAUGACGUUACCGGGGAGCUGCAAGGCCGUGCAGAGAGCAGUGGCGCUGAGGCUAAUCUCACUGUUGAUCAUUUACGAUCUCUCCUGGAAAAAUGGGCCCUGACAAUUUCAGACCAGACAAGAGAUACUGAAAUGAAAUUGCUUCAUCGCUCUAUUGAAGAUUCGCUCACGAAAAUGUUGGAUGCAUUGCAGCAACAGAACAACAUUGCUGUUGAAUGCAGGGAACUCGGUACCUUAUGUGAACACCUCAAGGAGGAAAAUAAAAAUCUUCAUUUGAAAUAUGAAGAAGAAAUGCAUUCCAAAUCAGAGCUACAAGAAAAGCUCAUCGUGAGUGAGAAAAAACUGAGCGAAAUUGAAAAAGAAUGUUUGCAGCAUCGUAUGAAGGCUGAGGAGCUAGAAUCUCGCCUGGAGCGCGAUGUCUCGUCUAAGGACGUCGCACUCAAGAAGCUCACGAGCGACGCUGACAGCUUGCGUGCCCAGCUCUCACGCUCGCAGUCCGAGCUCAAGUCUGUUACAAGCGCGAGGCUCAAGCUCGAGACAGCACUGAGUGAACGAGUGCGCGCGCUGUCAGCUCUCAACCAGCAGCUUGAAGAGCGCAUCACUGAGAACUGCUCACUUAACACUAAACUGGAAGAGCGGUCUGCUCAGCUCGCUAGAGCUGAAGCCAGUUUAGCAGAGACGCAAACAAAACUUAACUCGAUUCUGUCUGAAAACAGAAGUAAGCUUUUGGAGCUGCAAGACAACGUCCGCUCCAUCACUGCCGCGAAGGAAAGUGAAGAGCGCGCCUAUCAAUCUCAGAUCCGCCAACUAAAAGUGGAAGUUGACCAGAUGAAAGUCAGAAAUGAGACGUUCCAGAGACAGUUGGCCGCGAUCACAUCAACCUAUAACCACAUGUUUGGUGCUGCCACUGAUGCAUCCGAUAACAAUUCUACAUGAACUGGAAUCUUCAGUACCUAGCCUGAUAAUUUUCACAAAUGCUUUUUUAAUCAAGUUGUCUUGAAGUGGUAUUUUACUGCUUCUCGGUGUGAAUUGUGUUUCUUGCAGACAUCUUUCCAUACAAUCAUUAUAUUGGUUUGAAUGUGGCCUCACGAGGCCCCCAUCACAAAUACUGUGCAUGUUGCUGCACCAGUGUGACCAGUAUAACUUUACGCCAGGAUUAUGUCACUGUAGUUUUGCUGUUGGUCGAACUCGCGUGUUUUUCAGAAAUUCCGUGUGUACGGUAUUGUUACUUGUGGUGUAGGUAGUUAGGUAGAUUGAAUAACUCAUAAGCAACUCGGCUAAUGAAUUCACUAGUGAUCGCGUGAUCGAAAUACUAAGGCUCAUGCAGCCAUACGGUAGCUUAUUUCAAUUUGACCUUUAAUUGACGCAGAUUAACCCAGAAUUAACGUUGCUCUUCAGGUGCUUCUCCGGUGGUCCCAAUAAAACCUUCUACUGACGGACCAGCUGAUUGUAUGGUCAUUAUGUUAUUCGUGAUUAAUGUGUGUCGUCUUUACAACGAAGCGUUCAUUACGCCUUCUAUCGAUCUCAGAGUUAGUAUUCAAAUAGUUUAACAGGUCUUUUCAAUUCUAGUCAAUUCGUUUUAAAUAACAGUAAGCAAAUAGAUUCUCGUUUAUUUUUGAAAGGUACCGUAUAUUGCCUGAAGUAUUCUGGCGGCCGUACCUUGCGUAGGAGUCGGGAAGUAAUAUACAUUACGUACAAGAUAGAUAUUACUUGAACUUAUUCGUAUGAAAUUCAAGACUGGUUGCAUUUUAGCUCGUGGGACCACAGGUGUGAUGUUGUUUUACUGAGUAAUGCCUGUUUAUAGUUUAUUUUUAUUGUCACACUUCAGUGUUUAUACAACGUAAUAAUUCAUAGUAUCUCAUCUUUUUGCCACAUCUACUCACUUUUUCAUGUGCUCAAUUGUGUUUUUAGGAAUAGAGUGUGCCUUACAUAACUGCACUGCCUGUGAUAGAUCUGCUGAUGACUUGACUCGAAAAAAUUCAUUUCA